UUUUUUUUUUUUUUUUUUUUUUUUUUAAAGAUUUAUUUAUUUAUUAUAUGUAAGUACACUGUAGCUGUCUUCAGACACUCCAGAAGAGGGCGUCAGAUCUUGUUAUAGAUGGUUAUGAGCCACCAUGUGGUUGCUGGGAUUUGAACUCCGGACCUUCGGAAGAGCAGUCAGGUGCUCUUACCUGCUGAGCCAUCUCACCAGCCCCUUUCUUUCUUUUUUUAAAAAGAUUUAUUUAUUUUGUGUAUGUGAGUACACUAUAGCUGUACAGAUGGUUGUGAGUCUUCAUGUGGUUGUUGGAAAUUGAAUUUUUAGGACCUCUGCUCGCUCCAGUUCAACUCUGCUCACUCAGUCCCUGCUUGCUCCAGCCCAUAGAUUUAUUUAUUAUUAUAUCUAAGUACACUGAAGCUGUCUUCAGACACACUAGAAGAGGGCAUCAUAUCUCAUUACAGAUGGUUGUGGCCAACCUGUGGUUGCUGGGAUUUGAACCCAGGACCUUCGGAAGAGCAGUCAGUGCUCUUACCCACUGAGCCAUCUCGCCAGCCCUUUUGUUUUUUUCAAGACAUGGUCUUACUAUGUAGGUUUAUCUGUGCUGUCCUGGAAAUGACUCUGUAGACCAGGCUGACUUUGAACUCACAGAGAUCUGUCUUCCUUGGCUUCUCAGGUCCUGGAGGGAAGGUAGUUGUUAUUCUAGACCAAUCUUCCCUUCUAUUUUACUUUCAAAGUUUGACUUAAGUUAUAUGUGUUUAUGUGGGUCCGUGCACAUGAGAGCAGAUGCUGGCAGCAGCCAAGGGUGUUGGAUGCUCCUGGAGUUAGGGGUGGAUGUGAGCCACGAUGUGGCGCUGGAAAUUGCACUCUGGUCCUUUGGAAGAGCAACACAUGUUCUUGAUAAUCACUGAGCCAUCUCCACAACCCCUCUUCCUUCCCUUCCCUUCCCUUCCCUUCCCUUCCCUUCCCUUCCCUUCCCUUCCCUUUCCUUUCCUUUCUUUUAGUAGAAAAGAUUUAAAUCUAACCAGCAAAAGUUGUAACUCCGAGUUGGAGAAGUGGUUCGGCAGUAGGUUUGGUUCCUAAAACACCAAUAUGGUGACUUGUCAAGCGUCCUUAACCCCAUUUCCGGAUCCAUGUUUGUGUAGGCAAAACAAUCAUUUAUAAAGUUAAAAAAAGUUUUAUAGCCAGGUGUAAUGGCAAUGCUGGCAGGAGUGUGGCCAGUUCAAGGCUAGCCUGGGCUAUGUAGUGAGACUAUAGCUCAAAGCAAAUAUACAGAGAGUUGUUCCUUAGCUUUUUCCCAAUGUUCAACGGUUUCUCUUGGGCGUGUUUACUUGUUCUUGUAUACAGGCUGACUUUGUUUUUAUUCUUUUUUUAAUUUAAAAAUCAUCUUAAAAGAAUUAAUUGUAUGUAUGAGUAUACUGUUGCUGUCUUCAGAUACACCAGAAGAGGGCAUCUGAUCUCAUUACAGAUGGUUGUGAGCCACCAUGUAAAUGCUGGGAGUUGAACUCAGGACCUCUGGAAGAGCAGUCAGUGCUCUUACCCGCUGAGCCAUCUCUCCAGCCCCUAAUUUAAAUUUUUAUUAAAUGUGUGAAUAGUAUUUUACUGUAUAAUGUACCACAUGAGUGCUUUGUGCCUGCAGAGGCCAGAAGAGGAAGUUGGAUCCCUCGGAACUACAGUUAGAGACAUUUGUGAGUCACUAUGUGGGUGCUGGGCUUUGAACCUAGGUCCUUUGGACAGGCAGCCAGUGUUCUCUUUACUGUUCCUUGAGUUGAGGUCUCAUGUUGGCUAGGCUAGCCUGCAGCUCCUGGUGACCCUCGCUGUUGAUCUCAGUAGCUGCGACUACGGGUACAUGCUCUGGAGUCCAGCUCCUGAUUUAUUUAUCUGUGCAUUCUGUUUUCUGUUCUUUGUGUACUAGUGUUUUGCCUGCGUUUAUGUCUGGGUGCCGCUUGUGUACAGUCACAGCAAUCCCUUGGGACUGGAGUUAGAUAGUCGUGAGCAGCCCUGUGAAGCUGGGAGAGAGCCUGAGUCCUUGAGAUCCUCAGCCCAUGCUCCUGACCGCUGCAAAUGUAAAUGAGCAAACCUUCCCCAGGCCACCCUACCCCCAUUUUGGUUUUUGUUUUGUUGUGUGGCUUUUAAAUUUCCUGUCUUAGAGGUUAGUAGCCCAGAAUGGCAUCAGGCUAAGUGAGUUAGGUGACCAAGGCAGACCUUGAACUCCCGACAAUCCUGCCUUCUAACAAAUAUAGGGAGUGCACACAUGAGCUGUUCUACCCUGAUUCUUUGGUUUGGUUUGGUUUUUGGUUUUUCGAGACAGGGUUGCUCUGUGUAGCCCUGGCUGUCCUGGAUCUCACUCUGUAAACCAGGCCUUGAACUCAGAAAUCUGCCUGCCUCUGCCUCCCGAGUGCGGGGAUUAAAGGCAUGUGUCCGGUACCCAGAAUCAUUUUUAACAGUAAUGAUACCAAAAGGUGCUGUUUUUCUUUUUUUGAGUUGGAUCUAUUGUAGAACUUGCUUUGUAGACCAGGCUGGCCUCAGACUCGCAGUUUGCCUCUGCCUCCUGGGCAGUGAGAUUAAGUAUGUGCACCACCACCGCCUCGUUUCUUAAAGCGUAUUAAAUGCUUUUAAUACGUUCCUAGCGUAUGUUAAUGCUCUCCAAGGCGUUUGUAAAGACGACUUCUUGCCAUCUAUAAGAGGAUGGACUUUCUACAAUCUCUUUCCACAGAAAAUCUGAGUGUAGUGUGAUAAGCAGGCUUGAAUAUAUUACUCACUUUAUUAUGUAUUGGUCAUGGUCCACAAACAUGCGGGAGGGAGCUGUGAAGAUGGCUCAGUGGAUAAAGCACUUACUGCAAAAAUAUGCAAACCUGAGUUUGAAUCCACAGGACCUAUGCAAAGCUGAGUGAACAUCUGUAAUCUCAGAAGCCCCAGAGGUCACUGGAAGCCAGCUAAGCUUGUUACAGUGGGGAAUCUGACCCCAGCUCACGGUGGAAGACGGGGACCGAGGCCUCGGUUCACCCUCUGGCUUUCACGUGCACUCUUCAGUCCCUUCCUGUCCUUCCCUUAAUCAUCUCUCACUUUGCUUAGAAGUACUGAUUUGGCUUCUUGGUACUUUGUGUCUGCCGUUUUUGGCAAAUGGACUCGUUGAGACAGGCUUUCCUGAGUAUGUAGUCCUCAGUGGCCUACAGCUUGCUGUUUAGAUCAGGCUGGCCUGGAACUCACAGAAAUCCACCUGCCUCUGCCUCGGGGGCUGGGAUUACGAGGCCACCACCCUGGCACCUAGCACGGUUUCUUUUUUGUUGUUGUUGUUGUUGUUUGUUUUUGUUUUUCAAGACAGGGUUUCUCUGUGUAGCCCUGGCUAUCCUGGAACUCACUCUAUAGACCAGGCUGGCCUCGAACUCAGAAAUCUGCCUGCCUCUGCCUCCCAAGUGCUGGGAUUAAAGACAUGCGCCACUACUGCCCAGACUCACCUAACACUUUCUUGCCAGCGUAUGACAUAAUCUAUCAUUUGCCCUCCCUUACCAUCUGUGUGCCUCAUCCUCCUGCUGAUCUCCCGUUUGUUGUUGCGAACCAGUGAACCGAGUGAAGGCUUGCUCAUUUACAGGGCCACAGGCAUCAUGCCGACUCCACUGAGGAACACUUGUCUCUCCUCCCUCUGCAGUCACUGCCUGGGGAUCCACAGAGCCAUGUACCUCUCCCUGUCCUGUCUUCUCUGUCGGCACUUGGAUGUGUGACAGCUCUUAGGACAUGGGGGUUAGAGCAAGCCCUCUUGCGUAAUCUGCCUGGGUCCCUGUGGAUAAAGUUUGCAUCUUUCUGUGGCUUUGUUCCUAGGACCACCUUGUGCUUGGCUCUCUGGCUGGGCACCGCAUGCGUGGGGAGACCACCCUAUGGAACCCAGGCUGUGACCAUGCAGGCAUUGCCACCCAGGUGGUGGUGGAAAAGAAGCUCUGGAAAGAGCGGGGUCUGAACCGGCACCAGCUGGGCCGCGAGGCCUUUCUUGAGGAGGUCUGGAAGUGGAAAGCCGAGAAGGGUGACAGGAUUUACCACCAAUUAAAGAAACUUGGCAGCUCCUUGGACUGGGAUCGAGCCUGCUUCACCAUGGAUCCUAAAUUGUCAGCAACUGUGACAGAGGCCUUUGUUAGGCUCCACGAAGAAGGGGUCAUCUACCGUAGCACCCGCCUGGUCAACUGGUCCUGCACCCUCAACUCAGCCAUUUCUGACAUUGAGGUGGAUAAGAAGGAGCUGACAGGCCGCACCCUGCUUCCUGUGCCUGGCUACAAGGAGAAGGUGGAGUUUGGGGUCCUUGUGUCCUUUGCCUACAAGGUCCAAGGCUCAGACAGCGACGAGGAGGUGGUGGUGGCAACAACCCGGAUUGAGACCAUGCUGGGAGACGUGGCUGUAGCUGUGCACCCCAAGGAUCCCAGAUACCAGCACUUAAAGGGAAAGUGUGUCGUCCACCCAUUCUUGUCCCGGAGCCUUCCCAUCGUCUUCGAUGACUUUGUAGACAUGGAGUUUGGCACAGGUGCCGUGAAGAUCACCCCGGCACAUGACCAAAAUGACUAUGAGGUUGGGCAGCGACACAGGCUCGAGGCCAUUAGCAUCAUGGACUCAAAGGGGGCCCUCAUCAAUGUGCCUCCACCUUUCCUGGGCCUGCCCAGGUUUGAGGCCAGGAAGGCUGUGCUGGCGGCACUGAAGGAGCGGGGCCUGUUCCGUGGAGUCAAGGACAACCCCAUGGUGGUGCCGCUUUGCAACCGCUCCAAGGAUGUGGUGGAGCCUCUGUUAAGGCCACAAUGGUACGUGCGCUGUGGGGAGAUGGCUCAGGCUGCCAGUGCUGCUGUGACCCGGGGUGACCUCCGUAUACUGCCUGAGGCCCAUCAACGGACGUGGCAUUCUUGGAUGGACAACAUCAGAGACUGGUGCAUCUCUCGGCAGCUGUGGUGGGGCCACCGAAUCCCUGCCUACUUUAUCACCGUCCAUGACCCGGCAGUACCCCCUGGGGAGGACCCUGAUGGGCGGUACUGGGUAAGCGGACGCACUGAAGCAGAGGCCCGAGAGAAGGCAGCACGGGAGUUUGGAGUGUCCCCUGACAAGAUCAGCCUUCAGCAAGAUGAGGAUGUGUUGGACACCUGGUUCUCCUCCGGUCUCUUUCCCUUCUCCAUCUUUGGCUGGCCCAAUCAGUCAGAAGACCUCAGUGUGUUCUACCCUGGGACCCUGUUGGAGACAGGCCAUGAUAUCCUCUUCUUCUGGGUGGCCCGGAUGGUCAUGCUCGGCCUGAAGCUCACUGGGAAGCUGCCCUUCAGAGAGGUCUAUCUCCAUGCAAUCGUGCGUGAUGCUCAUGGCAGGAAGAUGAGCAAGUCUCUUGGCAAUGUCAUCGACCCCCUGGAUGUCAUCCAUGGAGUUUCCUUGCAGGGCCUCUAUGACCAACUACUGAACAGCAACCUGGAUCCCAGUGAGGUGGAGAAAGCCAAAGAAGGACAGAAGGCCGACUUUCCAGCAGGGAUUCCCGAGUGUGGCACUGAUGCCCUACGCUUUGGACUCUGUGCCUACACAUCCCAAGGUCGAGACAUCAACCUGGAUGUGAACAGGAUCCUGGGGUACCGUCACUUCUGCAACAAACUCUGGAAUGCUACCAAGUUUGCCCUGCGCGGCCUUGGGAAGGGCUUUGUGCCCUCAGCAACCUCCAAGCCUGAAGGGCACGAGAGCCUGGUGGACCGCUGGAUCCGCAGCCGCCUAACUGAGGCCGUGAGGCUCAGCAAUGAAGGCUUCCAGGCUUACGAUUUCCCGGCCAUCACCACCGCCCAGUACAGCUUUUGGCUCUAUGAGCUCUGUGAUGUCUAUUUGGAGUGUCUAAAACCUGUGCUGAAUGGAGUGGACCAGGUGGCGGCAGAGUGUGCUCGGCAGACCCUCUACACCUGCCUGGAUGUUGGCCUGCGGCUGCUCUCGCCCUUCAUGCCCUUUGUCACAGAGGAGCUAUUCCAGAGACUGCCCCGGCGGACACCAAAAGCGCCUGCUAGCCUCUGUGUCACCCCGUACCCAGAGCCCUCAGAGUGCUCCUGGAAGGACCCUGAAGCUGAAGCUGCUCUUGAACUAGCUCUGAGCAUCACUCGAGCUGUGCGCUCCCUGCGUGCUGACUACAACCUGACCCGCACCAGGCCCGACUGUUUCUUGGAAGUAGCCGAUGAGGCCACAGGUGCCUUGGCCUCGGCAGUGUCGGGCUACGUGCAGGCUCUGGCCAGUGCGGGCGUGGUGGCUGUCCUCGCCCUGGGUGCUCCUGCACCGCAGGGCUGCGCUGUAGCUGUGGCUUCUGACCGCUGCUCCAUCCACCUGCAGCUGCAGGGGCUAGUGGACCCAGCCCGGGAGUUGGGCAAGCUGCAGGCCAAGCGAAGUGAGGCACAGCGGCAGGCUCAGCGGCUGCAGGAGCGCCGUGCUGCCUCCAGCUACUCAGCAAAGGUGCCCCUUGAGGUCCAGGAGGCAGAUGAAGCGAAGUUGCAACAGACAGAGGCGGAGCUCAGGAAGGUGGAUGAGGCCAUCGCCCUGUUCCAGAAGAUGCUGUGACCCCCCAUUCCAACCCUCAGCCCCCAGUGUUCCAUCAACAGGGAUGGCAGCAAUAAAAUAUUUUCCCAACAUU